GUUUUGCCAUGGACAAAGAUGCGGCAGCCCUGGUACUCCAAGCGCGUCACCGACAGUGUGUGGAAGAACUCUUCGACGACUAUGCGGAGGAUUUCGAUGAGCACUUGAGCUCCUUAGGAGGUCUACAUUGUGCAUGACGCAUGGAGGCUAUGAGGUGCCCCAGUUGCUGCUGUCCCUACUGCCGCAGCGAAAGUUCCAGCGCUCUGUUGACCUGGGUUGCGGCACUGGACUGGCUGGCCUGGCCAUACGAUCCCGAUGCGAAAGGUUGGAAGGAGUGGAUCUCUCUUCUCGCAUGGUCGAAAAGGCCGCGGAGCGGGAGAUCUACGAUGCUUUGCAUUGCUCCGAUCUGGUGGCAUUUCUGCGAAGACAAGAAACAGCGUCCUGUGAUUUGCUGGUGGCGACAGAUGUUGUGAUGUACCUGUACUCCAUUGAGCCCUUCCUCCACCAGGCGCGUCGCGUCCUCCGCGGCAGCGGUGUGCUGAUCUUCUCCACCGAGGCGGCGUCGGAGGCGGAGGCCGAGGCCCACGGCGGCACCGUGGAACGGGCCUCGGAACGCUUCGCGCAUGGGAGGAGUUUCUUGCUCAAGUCUGCGGAGGGGUUUGACCUGAUGGAUGUGAAAGAAGUGAACAUCCGCAGGCAGGGGACAUCGACAGUUCAGUGUAGUUCAGUGGUUGUUCCCCACCUGCCAGGUGAGGGUUGUUCCCCACCUGCCAGGUGA